CGGCCAUCCAUACCGAACCCCAAUCCCCAAACCGAAUAUUUCGCUCCUAGAUCAAGAAAGAAUCCUUCGCCCCCCGAGAGCUUUUUACGCGUCUCCGCCGACGCCGAAGCCGACGAAACCGUAGCAUCGCGAUGUUGUCGGCGAAGGAGAGCCUGGGUCCUCAACACGCCCUUCCCGGCGACUGCUAUCCCAGCCAUCUGCCCAGUUUCGAAAUCCCCACAGAUCUUUUUGGUCCCUUUCCCCGGCAUCUCCAUGAGACUCGCGAGGAGUCCCCCAUCGAUGUGUUUAGAUUCGAAAUCGCCCCAGAUCUAUUCGGUUCUACCCACCAUCGUCUCCUUGAUGCGUUCGAGGAGGAGGAGGAGGAAGAGGAGGCGGCGGUGGUGUUGGCGGAGAAGAAAGAGAGAGGGUUCCUCGAGAGCGGCUUCCUAUCGAUCAAACUUUUGGGUAACCGCGCAGAAUCAGAGUCUGAGUCCGAGUUCCUAAACUGGGACGACAUUCCCGUGCGUGAUCCUGUUGAUGGCCUCAACUUGUCCGACUUGAUGGAUUACGAUCCGCUGGCAGUGGAUGCCGACGACGAGGAGACAAACUGCCCAGGGAAGAAAUUUCCGGUGGCAGCAGCAGCAAAAGUAGACGACAUAUGGAGUAGGAUUUACACCAGACGGAACAUCGAGUACCAGAAGAAGUGUGAGGAGAUUGAAGCAAGUGAAGAUGAGAAUGCCACAUUUCCUUCUUAUCCUCUCAAAAUACUCCCUGAGGCAACAGGUCUAUGUGUCUUCAGGGGCCUUUGCCACCACCGUGAAUAUAAAACCCAUGAUACUUCCACUGCUAGAUCAACUCUUGGGUUACGAGUUCCAAGACUGAUGCUACAGAUCUUUGCGAUGCAUUUAUCAAUCUCCGAAUCCUAUUCCUACCCUGUUAGGGUCUAUGGAAUUGUUGCUGUUCGGGAUGCCCUGGAGCCACUACGGAAUCUUGUGUUUAACCGUCCCUGCAGAGAUGAUGCUUUUAUGGUUGACCAGGAUUCCUUAACCUUGCCUCUUUGUAGUCCUCGUCGAGGAAUGUAUUUAGUCAGGGACAGAGCAUUACUAGAAGUUGAUCUUUGGGUAAAGGAGGAAGGAGAUGGGUCAUCUGACAAGCAGUUGCUUUCUUUGUAUGCUGAGUUUGAGGGGAUGUACCAGUUAGAUGAAAUGCUAGAUGGAGAGGUUAGUAGUGACCUUGGCAGCUUGGUCAUCGACUAUCUCUUGCUUGAUGAGAGUGUUGAGGCUGUAAUACAAGUCUCUGCAAAGAUUGACUGCCCUCAUCAUGUGAGAUUCACUGCAUUCACUAGUGGCUUUGAUGGUGAGAUUGUGCUGUUUGAUGAUAAGUUCUCUGGGAAUGGAAAACUGUUCCAGUAUGUUGUCGCGGUGAAGGCUGAGGGGAAAUUGGAUAUUUGCUUAAAAAUGGAGGAAUCAUUGUUUUGGUGGACUUUCCAGGAAGGAGCUGUUGGAGCUGUCAGGUUCCCUGAUGACUCAGUUUUAAAUUACGGGCAGUUUGAGGUGACGGUGCUUUUUGCUCCUAAGAAAUUUACCAUGGAUGACUGAAACCCGAUCUGUAAUAUCGGUGUUUUUUUAUCUUCGUUCUAGCAAAAACCGGUGGAGGUGGCAGAGAAAAUCGGUGGGAUGAGAGAUUAAGGAGAUGGCUGUUUUUUAGAGGAAAAGAAAAUCGGUGGGGUUUUGCGGGGAUCGCGGGGUCCAUUAGGCCUCGUUUGGUAAGAGUGGAUUUGAGAGGUUUGGUGAGGACGGGAUUUCAGGGAUUUGGUGAAUCCCCCUCUUCCACGCAAUCCCCUUGCAACCUCAAAUCCCCCUCCAGCCACACAUCCCCUUCGUACAAAACACUGUUUGACAGGGAUGGAUUUUCAUAUUGAACUAAAAUGUUGUAAAACAGUUAAAAAUCUAAUCUUGCAACAAUUCUUCGUAUCCACAACAUAAUUUGCUUGACUUGGACUUAAUUUAUGGAUGGGGACCAAACACAAAGCAUACUAGAAAGGAACCAACAAUAUCAAUAUCCAUUGAAACAAAGGGACAGGACCAACAAUAUCAGUAUCCAUUGACCUACUAGCGCAGGCUGGACAAACCACACUCUAAUUAUUUAAAUCCCUCUAAUUAUUUACUGUCAUCCCGGGACCUUGCUUCUAGUCCAGAAUUUUGGGUUUUUUUUAUUUAUGUUGACAGACAAAACUGAACAUUGUUCAUGUGCAGAAGUUCAUCCAGGGACCUUGAUUUACUGUCAAUGUAAAAGCUCAUCCAGAAACACCUUAAUUUCUGUCAGCAUGAAAACCCACACUUCUAUAAAAAUUCAAAUCAAGGUACUGGUUCUCACAAGAGCCGGGUUCCAAUGAUUUUCAGGAGAGGAGAGGGAUGGCCAUCGAGGCAAGCAGUCUCAUCGAUGGACGCAAAGAACUAUUCAGAUCGAGCCAUGGCCGCUGGGUGUCGGACGAGGAGCAAGAAGAGACAGCUCUAGAGUUUGCAGGGGAGGGGAUGGAGAGGUGGAGGAUAGGGGAGGAAUCACAUCAGGAAUAACCGGCGGAGGACGUUGACGCUCUAGCGUCGGCGGGGUGGUGAAGAUCCGGCGGCGGGGCGGCUCCUCUCAGUGGCAGCGAGGGUGUUGCUUUGCCUGUCCUGUUCGGACGACGGCGACGCGAGGAGGAGGCUGCGGCCGACGGCGGCACGUCGAGGAGGAGGCUGUUGCCGACGGCGGCGCGAGGACUAGACUCCGGUCUCGCGCAUGGCUCCAAUUCCGCGAGGGCCUCCUCGUGCCUUCUGAACCGCGUGGGUUCUCCUCUGAAACCUCGGGUGGAUUGGGCCAGCGAAACCUCGCAUACCAAACAGCCCGUCGGGGAUUGUAGAGGUUUCUGGGCCCCUCGUGGAUUCUCCUCUGAAAUCCCCUCCUACCCUCGCGUACCAAACGAGGCCUUAGGAAUAGAGAUUUAUAGAGAUACUGUCACGCGCAGAUCAUGGUCUAAGCUUUGAUGCGGUUACGCGUAUUCGAGAUUUGAUUAAUUAUAAGCAUGGAAGUGAUGCAAAUACGUUAGUACUGUGUCGCAGUGUGUUUGGUCAACUUCCUCAGGUGUUCAUCGUGUAGGAGUAGUACGUCUUUUUUUUUUGAGACGGGAGUAGUACGUCUUUGGUAAGCAACAUGACACAAAUAUGGUAA